GUUUUGCUCUUGAAGGAUUUAGCCACUCCAAAUGAAGCCUCUUCGUCACAGGAAGGGCAGCAAAACAGGAGACUGAAAGUCACUUUGCUGAGUAGUGAGUGGAGAUCAUCAACUGAUAGAGAAGUCUCAACUAUAUGUAGAACCCUUGCUAUACAGUUAGCUAAGGAUCCUAAUGUGGAGGUUAGUGUGUUUCUUCCUAAGUGCAGCGAAGAGGACAAGAGAAAUGCUGCAAGUCACAAAAUUCAGCUUGUUGAAGCAGAUGAACUGCCUGGCUUUGAACCAAUUCUUUGGUUGUUAUCUCUACCCCAAAACCAUGAUGUAGACUGUGUCAUAGGACAUGGAGUGCAUCUUGGAAGACAAAUUCCUCUCAUAAAGAUGACUAAAGACUGUAGAUGGAUUCAAGUUGUGCACAGUGUUCAUGGAGAAGUGGGAGAACGACCUCAGCAAACAGAAGUAAAACUAUGUAAGAUGGCUGAUGAGGUUGUAGCAAUAGGACCUAAAGUGGCAGAGGCCUACAAAUGCUUCCUUUGUUCUGCUAGAAAAGAGGAAACCAUUUUAGAUCUCACCCCAGGUGUUUUCUCUGAAUUUCUGAAAGUAGAACAAGCCACAGAUGAAGGGAGAGCAUUCUCAGUUUUAGUAAUUGGAAGUGGUGACAGCUGUGAAGAUUUCAAUGUCAAGGGAUUCAACAUGGCUGCUGAAGCAAUUGCUGAGUUAAAAGAUGCAUCCUACCAACUGAAGUUUCUUUUUUCACCAAGAGAAGAAGGCGAGGAAAUAGCAGACAAAUUGCUUCAGCAUGGCAUCAGUCAUAAUCAGCUAAUUGUUCGCAGCAUUAAUGACAGCAGAGAUGUGCUGGCCAACUUAUUUUGUGAGGUGGAUCUUGCCAUAAUGCCAUCAAGGACAGAGGGUUUUGGAUUGUGUGGCCUUGAAGCGUUAUCUGCUGGUCUGCCUGUACUUAUCAGUGGUAAUUCAGGACUUGGAGGAGCUCUGAAGAAAGUACUUUUUGGCUCGCACUAUGUGGUAGACUCAGAAGAUCCCAAAGACUGGGCCAAAAAGAUCAGAGAUGUACGUCAAAAACGUAGGAAAGUUCGCUUUUCAGAAGCAAAGUAUCUUCGUGAACAUUAUGCAAAAGCUUAUGACUGGGAGAGGCCUUGUACUGUCCUGGUGAAAAAGAUGCAGGCACUUGCAUUUGGUAAAAGUUUUAUCCAUUAUAACCACUUUCCACUGUUAUAAUUAAACAAUGAGUCAAUUUCAGGACUGCAACUUCAAUGUACUUUUGCAACAUGAAACAGCAUGUUCUUGUCAUUCACUAGACAGUUGGUGUUUUUAAAUAAUUAUAGCACAGACUCUCUAUUGGUCACGUACGUGUAGGUGUGUUCAACAUAAGUAAUAUAUCUGGGAGACUAGUAUUCAGAUUGACACUUCUGUUUUUUUUCUUUGGGAACAAACAUACAACUCUCAAGGUGUCUUUCUCCUCCAAGCUUUUACGUUUAUAUAAAACUAGUAAACUGUUUGGUUCACCAGUAAAGGUUAAAUGGGGAGGGGUAACUUGCAAUUAAGUAGCAUUAUUUCCAGUAGGAACAAUUUACGAUACCUUUGGUUGAUUUGACUUGUAGAAAUUGGGAUAAGCUCCAUACCCUCAUUAAUUUCUUGACCAAUUGGAAAUCUUAUCAAAUUCUAUCAAAAAUUAUUUGUGAGGCAUCCUCCAAGACAUACCAGAUGUAUAUCCUCUGAAAUUUCCAUGAUAAUAUUUUGAAGUGGUUAAUGUUUAAAUACUCUAGCUAGCUAUAAUUUGAAUGAUUAUCUUUGCACACCAACGUUUAUGAAAUAUGGUAAAUAGCUGAUUGAAAUAGAGUCAAAAUUAAUUAUGAAUUUGGUUUAUCACAUGUAGGUUCAUCAGGAAGCAGGUUAGUCAAGCCAGUCAGGGAUAAGAGGCCAACAUCUGUUGCUGAUACAAGUCAGGCUUGUAAGAGACCAAGAAAAGAAUUGACAGACGGUACGUACCACAAAGGUAAUCAGUAAUUUCCCAAAACUGGGGUCACUUACAACAUUGCACCAGAUUGACUAUUUAUAUUUAGAAACACAAAGUAUUAUUAUUAUGUCAGGAAGGCUUUCUUAUAUGUUGGUCUAUAUCAAUGGAAUGCAAUCUCUUCCUUAAUGUACCUCUACUAAGCCAAGACAUCAGAGACAUUACAUUCAGCAUGUGUUGAAACAGUUAUUUGAUAAUUGAAUUUGUUAUAAACAGAAAGCAAUAAGAGGUGUGCUAAAAGUUAUAUUUUACAAUAUUUUACAGUAUUUAGUAUUGAGCUAUUAUUAAGUUAUUUGGCACCUGCUGCUGCCAUUGCUUAUGGAAGUCAGCUUUCUAAGCGAGUUAGACGAGAGUUUUUCUAUCAUGAUCAAAAUGAAGGUACUUACCACAUACAAUUAGAUCAACAAUGCAAUUGAUACAAUUUCACAGUGUUGAAAGCUCUGUGUAGCUCAGCAGAAGCCAAAACCUAUUUAAUUCUGGAACUCGACCCACUUAGUUUACCCUUUCUGAGAGGAUCCAAAGAAUCUAAGUUUGCUGCUUUUGACCAGUUUAUUUUAUUUACUUGGUUGGAAUGUUGCUACAUGAAGUAGUAAAAACCCCUCACACCCUAACAUCAGUAUGCAUUUUCUCCUUACUGUUUUGUCUAAAUUUCCUUUGGUACUGACCAGGAGAAUUAGUUUAAAAAUCAAGAGCUUUUUUAGUUGGUGAUCAUUUCCGUUAUUUUUGUGAUCUUCAUGGUUGAUUCAGGGAGAAAUUGUAAGGAGAAAUUAGAUGCCAGUCACUCUUAGGGAUUAGAGGGUUAAUAUUGUUUGUGAGGCUUGUCUAGCAGUGAGCAGCAGCAAGUCAUGAGAACUUAGCUUCUAAAUGUACCUUGUUCCUUGCAGGUAUGGAAAUCCCAUUAUUUCAAGAAAGUGGUCAGACUCAAGGUGAUUCCACAGCUAAUGGUAAUUGCUACAUGUAGUAAUCACCCUGGUACUUUAGUUCAAAUUGAUACUGUGGUCAAUUAACUCAUUAAUUUGGGGCAAGUAUGCACUACUUGUAGACUAACUGACUGAUACACCAGUCACUGUGGUCUUCCUAGUGGUAAUUCCACCAACAGGCUCUAAAUGAAGUCACUGUGAAAUCUCAUGUUAUUUGCACGUACAGCGUAGCGUUAAAGGUCUUCUCCAUCGCUAAUCAUCUUGAAAGUAAGCAAGUGGAGAUGUUUCCUAUUUAUGUUUUGGACCAUUUCCAGUGGAUCAUUCCCUCUGUGUUUGUUAACUUCAAUUAAGUUAUGCUAUUUCAGUCUCAGUUAUUCAAGGUUAAAUUUUUAAAUGUUUUGAUUUAAAUGUAUGAACCAUUUUCAUAAUAUGUGUAAUCACAUGUCAUUUGCAGAUAGCCUGAAAAUUCUUCUCCAUUCUGAGUUAAAUCCAUAAAAAAGGUUGCAUGAAACAUGGACAGAAGUUAGACGUUUUGUUUUCAUAAUUUUCCCCUAGAUCAUUACCUUUCUGUGAUUACAAAACAUCUCAGAGCUGAGUACAACAGAAGAUGUCUUCUAAAACCGCUUCUUUGGAAUAACACCUUAAAGCUGCCUCUUGAUGAUGUUUACACAAAUUUGUCAAUAGUGUCGAGACGGAAAACAAACUUUCGAUUGGAAGACAGGACAGUGGACAUGUUUGACAUCUUUAAAACUCUCAACAAAGGGGACAAUUCUAUGGUGCUCGUAGAGGGAAGCCCUGGAAUUGGAAAGACAACCUUUUGUCUUAAAAUUUGUCAUGACUGGGCAAACCAAAAAAUCCCAAGUGAAUCUGCUUUUUCAGUUUUCAAACUUUUGUUGCUGCUGAAAUGUCGAGACAUUCGUGGAGAUAUAAUAGAUGCCAUUGUUGAUCAGCUACUCCCUAUGAAGGGAAAGUUCAAGGAAAAGCUGUUAGAUUACAUCAAAGAUGUUCACAACCAGCAGAAAAUUUUGGUGAUUUUAGAUGGCCUUGAUGAGCUACCGGAAGCAGGUGGAAGUCACGUGAAUAAGUUACUAAGCAGAAGAAUGUUACCACUUUGCUAUGUUUUGGCGACAUCUUGUCAAGAAAAAGGAAUUGAAGUGCGACAGGAGGUUGACUUUGACGUUCUUCUGCAAAUUGAAGGGUUCACGGAAGUAGACUCCUUUGAGUACAUCAGAAAGCACUUUAGUCACUUAGGUCUUGAUCAUGUAGCAAAGGGAGAAAGGCUUAUUCAGUCCAUCCUGGAAAAUACCUUCUUACAUGCACUCCCGAGCAAUCCAUUGAAUCUGCUUCUUCUCUGUGUUGUUUUUGAGGAUUAUGAAGGAAAUCUACCAUCUUCUCGAACCGAACUUUAUCACGUUAUUGUUGGUUGCCUUUUGCGAAGGUAUUGUGCCAAAAACAAUGUAAAAGCCGCUGCUGAUGACAAAGCUCUAGAGGAACAAUUUAAAGAGAGUUUACUAGCAUUGGGGCAGUUAGCGUGGAGGUGUCUACAAAACGACCGGUUUUCGUUUCGAGAAGAAGAGUUAGCAGAAUUUGAAAGAAGAAAGAAACCUUUGGCAGCUCGUAAACUUGGUUUGGUAUUUAAAGAGGCCAGUGCGAAGAAGAUUAACCCUCAGCACGAAUAUCACUUUUUCCACAAGACUUUUCAAGAGUACUUGGCGGCAUUAUAUCUGGCACACAAGCUACUGGAAGAGAAGGUUAAUGUCUUUCAGGAUUUGAAGUUGAGCUUUGAUGAUAUCACAAUAAAAUACAACCAAGUGUUUAUCUUUGUGUCUGGCAUACUGGGUGAGGCUACUUGUAAUCUGUUUAGACAGAUUGGCGAGAAUCUUAAGGUCGAAUGCUGGAACUGGCUAAAUUGUAGUGAGCAAGAGGCGACUUUCUUCACUGAGUGUUUCAGUGAAAGCGGAGAAGCAGAACAAAUGGCAAUGACUCUUUGUUCCUUUAUCCCGUUUCCACAGUCAGUAACCUAUAGGAACAGAAAUAAAUCAAUUGAUGGUGUUCUAAGAGUUGUAAAUGCUUGCAAGAACUUCUUACUAUUACAAUUGCCUAUUCAUCUUACUGUAUGUUUUAAUUUCAUAUUGAUUCUUUCCUUUGUUGACGAGUUUCUAACCUCUUACUCCAGGCUAGAAACUAUUGUCUUUUCUUCUGGAGUUUUUACAGAACAAAUACCUGGCCUUAUGUAUAACGCACUUCAAGUGAACUCAUCUUUACAUUCCUUUACUCUUCAAACAAGUCGUCCCUUUUUCCCAGAGGAGGCUGCUGCUAUUGGUGACAGUUUAGCCGCAAACAAAACACUACAAACCGUGACUUUAAAACUACUGGGGGGGUUAGGUGAGCAUUGGGCCACUGUUCUUGAAAAAGGAUUGUCUGGAGAUACACCGCUGACAUCUGUUGUGCUGGAGAUCAGUGGCUCAGUAAGGAAAAGUGAGAUGGUGGCUUUGAACAAUUUGUUAUUGAACAGAUCGCUUCAAUCUUUUGGCCUCACUAUUUAUGGAGACAUGCACGAUUCAUUGGCGACUUCUGUCGCCGAAGGCCUUGCAGCUAAUCCGUACUUAAAAUCCCUCACAUUGACUGUAUGUGGAAGCGUCAGCUGCUCUGCUUUCAUUUCGUUGAAAAAGGGUGUUGUAGAAAAUAGUACUUUAAGGUCACUGGUCUUAAAAGUGUUCGGAGGACUCCCCGAGAAUUGGAUAAACAUUUGUGAAGCUCUCUAUGUUGCUAAAAAGUCAUCUCUGUCUCUUACAAUUGAGCCGGAUGUAGUCAGCAAAAUAACAACUUCGCAGGUGGCCUGUCUUCGUCCUCUUCUACUUGAAGAAAAACUUGGCGUGUUGAAACUUCACUCACUUACUGUAAAGAUGUGGGGAGAGUUGAGUUGCACUGGAGCAAGUGAUUUAUGCAAACUCCUGAUAGCCUCAAGAAUUUCCUGCGUUAAUUUGAGUAUCCAUGGAAGAGUAACAGAUGGUGUUGCUACCUGUUUGGUUAAGAACUUUGACAAAGUUAAGUCACUGUCCAACUUGAGUAUCAACAUUAGGGGAGAGGUGACAAGAGACGGAGAGAGCACUCUUGAAGCCCUAACAUGCAAUCAAAAAUUUUCGUCUACUUUAAAUGUCCAUGACGUAAGGACAGUUGACGAAAUAUGCGAGGAAGUUGAGUUAUCUGUAGCCGAUUCUUCGUCAUUAACAUCAGCAUUUACAAACGUCGAGACUAUCUGCUCACGUGUAAGUAAAGUGAGUAUGAACUUUGAUAGCCCCAUUUACUCAAGUGAGGAGGACUGGGGACGAAGUGUUGGUGACUUUUUGGCGAAAUUCGUGUCACUUGCUACAUUACGCCUCUCAUUCAACAACUGCAUUGGCAUGAUUGAAGGCUGGAUGGGUGGUCUUUGGAGUGGUUUGGCACAAAACACGUCGAUAACCACGCUGAGUAUUACAUUCAACAACUACAGUUACAUGAGUGGAGACUGGAUGGGCGAACUGGGAAGUAGUUUGGCACAAAACACCUCGAUAAGCACUCUGAGUAUUACAUUCAGCAACCACAGUUACACGAGUGGAGACUGGAUGGGAGAACUGGGAAGUGGUUUGGCACACAACACGUCGAUAACCACGCUGAGUAUUACAUUCAGCAACCACAGUUACACGAGUGGAGACUGGAUGGGCGAACUGGGAAGUGGUUUCGCACAAAACACGUCGAUAACCACGCUGAGUAUUACAGUCAACAACUACAGUGACAUGAGUGGAGACUGGAUGGACGAACUGGGAAAUGGUUUGGCACAAAACACGUCGAUAACCACGCUGAGUAUUACAGUCAACAACUACAGUGACAUAAGUGGAAAAUGGAUGGACGAACGGGGAAGUGGUUUCGCACAAAACACGUCGAUAACCACGCUGAGUAUUACAGUCAACAACUACAGUGAGAUGAGUGGAGACUGGAUGGGUGAACUGGGAAGUGGUUUGGCACACAACACGUCGAUAACCACGCUGAGUAUUACAGUCAACAACCACGGUGACAUGAGUGGAGACUGGACGGGCAACCUGAUAAGUAGUUUGGCACACAACACGUCGAUAACCACGCUGAGUAUUACAGUCAACAACUACAGUUACGGAAGUGGAGACUGGAUGGGUGAACUGGGAAGUAGUUUCGCACAAAACACGUCGAUAACCACGCUGAGUAUUACAUUCAGCAACUACAGUUACAUAAGUAGAGACUGGAUGGGCGAACUGGGAAGUGGUUUGGCACAAAACACGUCGAUAACCACGCUGAGUUUUACAUUUAACAACUAC